AUGACAAAAGAAGACCAGAAUCACUGUAAUGUGAAUGAGUUACCUUCACAAAAAAUAUAUCACCAUUUCAAGAAUAAUGGCAAAAAUCAGUAUGGGUGUGACAGUUCUUGGUCAGACGAAAUAGGAAAAAUACUGGUAAAUAAAUUAAAGGAAACUGGGGAUCCUAGUACAUAUGGCAAGGAAAUUGCGCAAGCUUAUUGUAUCGUAUCCAAAGUUAGAACAGGGAAGGAACAAGCCUGUUCGACAAUAUGUAAUUUCUUUUAUUAUUGGUUAGGGGAUAAAUUACAUAACAAUUUGCUAACACCUGGUUCCUUUAAGGAUAUUAUGGAACAAAUCUGUGAUAAAUUAAAAAGCUUUGGCGGCGAUCAUUGCACCUGUAGAACUAUGCACACUACUUUUAGCAAGGACAUCUUCCCUCAAAGAAAAACCGUAUUCGACUACUACUACGAUUAUAGAACGGUAUGGAGAAAAUUGAAGAACUCCCAAGCAGGGAGCUCUUCUCCCUGCAGAAAUGCAUAUGACACAUACAUAAAUGGAGCUACUACAGCAUAUGGACCAGUAAGUGCAAAUUGUCCCGUUAAUGGGGGUGAUGAAUACUGUACUGAAAUUGUAAGGAAAAUCAAGGAUGGGAAAAAUAUUCCAAGACCAUCAGAACUGAAAGAAAAGGCACUGUCUGUAGAAGGAGGGGAGGACCUUCCACCAGAAACAAAGGAUGAGACAAAUCUCAAUUCCUGUUUAGAACAGCUGUCUUCAGCAACUACUUCAUUAUCGGUGCAACAGAUUCUAAGUGAUCAUUCAUCAUCACCACAGGAGGGUAAUGAUAGUGGUAGUGAUAUCGUAACUGGUGUGGUCACUUCUGCAGUAGGCACACUAGUAGGCCUCCCAGUGGUCAGUGCUCUUUUAUAUAAAGUAAUAAUUAUCAUUACCACCAAAACCACUAUUACAAUCUCCUACCUUCUUGGUUCCAUAACCAAUUUGGAGGAAGGAAAAAAAGAAGAACAACAAUUGAAAGCGAUUUUGAUACUCUAA